AUGAUAAUAAAAAUUCCCACGCACCCAUAAUUCAUCUAUCAGAAUGGCACAUUCCCUUUCCUUCUCCCUCCGACCAACUCCCGCUUUCGUCCCACCACCAUCCGCUAAACUCCACAAUCCAACCUUCGCCUUCACAAUCAAACCUAAACGAAUUCUUCUCCGCCACUCAAAACCCAGCAUUUUGGUUUCCACGCCCAAAAGUGGCCGCCUCAGGGCCACCCAGGACCCGGAAUCCAAUGGAAACCCCCAAGAAGACCCGCCACAAUCAACAACCAUAGAUGCCCAGAGUGCUGGCGAUAGCGGCGACGAGGCGUCGCGUUUGGGUUCAGAAAUAAGGAAGGCGAUGGAGGAGAGGGAGCAGAAGGAGGCGAGUUUCUGGGACGGAGUGGCGGAGGAGAUCAGGGAGAUUGAGUGGCCGGCUUUGGGUAAGGUUCUGGGUACUACUGGGGUGGUGUUGGGGGUUAUGGCUGGAUCCAGUGUCGUUUUGCUCACUGUCAAUGCCGUUUUGGCCGAGCUCUCUGAUCGGGUGUUCGCCGGAAAGGGAGUCCAAGAUUUCUUCGGCUGAAGUCUGAACUCUGAAGAUAAGGUUUCGCUUUUGAUCUGCUGAGGUGAGGUGUAGCUGCUUGUUAUGCGCUUCAUGAGGGACAAAUUUGGGAUCCUCAAUUACACUUUAAAAUUUUUCUGAUUAUUGGUUUCUCACUUUCUCACUUUGUGUGUUAAAAGAUAUCAGAUUUUUGCUAAGGGCGAGUCUCACGGCCUUAUGAGUUUUAAUUCGUCAGACGAGUUACAUCUAUUAAAAAUGAGUUAUAAAAGAAUUGUGAUAUAAUCAAAUACUUAAAA